AUGACAAGUUCUGCCAUCAAUACACUUACCAGUACGGAUGUCCUCUCGUUGGCUGAGCAAAGUGAUGAUGCCCUUGACUUCGACGAUGCUCAGUCGAUUUCUGGACGAAACAUAGACCCGAAGAAGUUGGCGAUGCUUCUAAGGGUCAAGUUUGGCGCUGGAGCCUACGAUAUCCACAUAAUGCAGAACUCGUAUUGUAUCAUCGCUCCGCGAAAGUUGUCAACAGGAGAGAUAGCGAAGUGUCGGAAACGUUAG